AAAAGACUUUCAGCCGCGGAAGUUAACAUUUUUUGUUUAACUUAACAUUACCUAUUGUAUUUCAUCUUCUUUGCAGCCCUCACCAGUCCCUCCAAUUCUCUCCCUUGCUUGCGUGUCGGGACUCCCCCAUGACACAAGCCCCUCUGGCAAAGGCUCACCGGACCAGUGCCUGGCACAGGGCAGGCGCCCCGUGAACACUGCCCCUACCCGAUCCGCGUCCAGGGCGAACCGCGGACCCCUGGGCCCUCCUCGGACAGCCGGUGCCCAUGGCCGCCGCCCCCCGCCCGCCCGCCGGCCCGCCCUUCCCCAGGCCAUCCCGGGAUCUCGGUUUGAAAUCGUGGACGUGACUGGGAGGAGUCUGGCCGCCUCGGAUUUCGUGCUCGCGGCGCAGGGAGCCGGGCCGCGACCAUGGCAGAGCCCACGGUGUGUUCCUUCCUCACCAAGGUGCUGUGCGCCCACGGCGGCCGCAUGUUCCUGCAGGACCUGCGCGCCCACGUGGAGCUCUCGGAGGCCAAGCUCCUGGACGUGCUGCGCCAGGCCGGGCCCGACCGCUUCCUGCUGCAGGAGGUGGAGAUGAAGGAGGGCCUCUGGGACGCGGAGGCCGAGGCUGCGGCGGGCGCGGGCGCGGGCGCGGGCGGGGCGGGCGGCGGCGGCCCCUUGGCCUGGAGAGUGGUGGCCGUGUCCUCCGCGCGCCUCUGCGCCCGCUACCAGCGCGGCGAGUGCCAGGCCUGCGACCAGCUGCACCUCUGUCGCCGCCACAUGCUGGGCAAGUGUCCGAACCGCGACUGCUGGUCUACCUGUACUCUUUCCCAUGAUAUCCACACACCUGUCAACAUCCAAGUUCUGAAAAACCACGGGCUUUUUGGCCUCAAUGAGGCCCAGCUUCGGAUUCUGCUUUUACAGAAUGACCCCUGCCUUUUACCAGAGGUCUGUUUACUCUACAACAAAGGGGAAGCACUGUAUGGUUAUUGCAACCUCAAGGAUAAGUGCAACAAGUUUCAUGUGUGCAAGUCCUUUGUCAGGGGAGAGUGCAGGCUUCACAGAUGCAAACGGUCCCAUCAGCUCAUCCAUGCGACUGCUCUGAAGCUGCUGCAGGACCAAGGACCGAAUAUCCCCAGUGUCGUUAAUUUUCAGAUCAUCUCCACCUACAGGCACAUGAAGUUGCACAAGAUGCUUGAAAAUAAAGAUAAUUCAGUUCCUCCUGCUGAGCGGUCACAGGGCCUCGAGUCACCAGGCGGAUGCGCUGCUGGGGCUGCAGAGGCCUGUCCCCUGGUUUCUGUCCCUGCCCAGUCCGCCAAGAAGCCAUGCGCAGGUAAACCGUGAGGGUAAAACACCGUGAAGCAAGGAGCUGCUCGUCCAAUCGGAAGGUCUGAAAACACGGCUAUAUUGAGCUUUCAUUUGUAACCAUUCAUUCAUGUAAUCGUUUCUUAAUAUGACCACAAUAAUACCUACCUCACAGGGUGUGGUGAGAAUUGAAGAAGAUGGAAAGGGAGACAGUGUCAAUUUGGGAGGAUAAAAUUGGGGGGUGGGGGCGGGAUGGGUGGUUGGGGAGGAGGUCUGACAUUGAACAGGCAAAGAAAGGGUGAGACCUGAGUGCACAUGGGGUCAAGGCCAGGCAAAUCCUGGAGGUGGCAGCCUCUGCUGCAGUCCCUGAGCGCCGUCCCCAGCCUGGCUGGCUGGAGCUCUUAAAGAGGCAGGUUUCUGCUGACCUGCUCUGCGACUCAGGCCCGUGUUUUUCUGUACCCCCAUAUAUACAGUUUACAUUGUAGCACUCAUAGAGUAUGGAAACUUUAUAUUCUCCCCCCCCCCACUUAAUGUUCCAGAAGCAUCUUUCCAUAUUUGUUCACAUUUAUCAUGCAUAAUCAUUUUUUAUGCACUAGUAUAUCAUAGCUUAUGUAACUGUUCCCUUAUUCUGGGAUAUUUUGAUUCUUUCUAACAAAUUUUGAAUAUAACUCAUCUUAAAAUCCACGCAAUAUUGAAUUUUUAAAGCUAGUCUUUUGCUUAGCUUGUAGUUGCCAAAUGGUACUGUCUUACGAUUUGCAUUUCUUUACAUGUAUGUACAAGUGAAUAUUUUUCUGUAUCUGCUUUCUGUACGUCUUUAUUUUGUGCAUUUUGUACAUGCCCUUUAAUUACUGGGGCAUCUAAUUACCUCCUCUGUGCUGAUGUGGGAUGGCCUUUAAUUAGCCUCCUUAAAUUUUAUGAAACGACGUCAACCAUACUGUAGUCUAACUCUUGUGGAUCUAUCCUCAGCCAACACCAGAGUGUAUGCUGUUUCGGUGCUUACCAGAGAUUUCUACCUCACUCCGUCUACUCUCCGUCUCUUAUUAAACUUCUACCACAGUCCAGUUGCUGUGGGUUGAAGGAUGUGUAGUUCAUCCAUUCCUUGAAGUUGUAUCCAUUCUUUUAUGGAUCAGGGUAGACCAUCAGAAAUCUAUAUACCUCGCCCAUUUCAUGUUGACUUUCCCUUUCCUCUCCCCUCGCUUUCCCCCAUCAACUUGCUGUCUUUAUCCAGUUACACUUAGAUGUGUGGUUUUUCAUCUUUAUCAAAGGGUACACAGAGAAGCAGCUUCCUGAAACCCUUUCCCUAUUUGCUGUAGUAAAAUUCCCCCAAUGUCAUUGUGCAGAGGGCUUUUCAAAAUAUUUAAUUGUCCUGCAAUCAUACCACAUUUGAGAAAUAGGGACAAGGUUGUGAGUUUUUCAUAAAGCUAAAUUUAUUUAAUUUAGAAAAAUUUUUAUCCUGAAAUGCUGUCUUUUCUGUCGGGGAUGGUGUGUAAAAAAUGUCCUUUGUAAAGGGAGAAAUGGCUGUUUUUUUCUCCUAAUGCACACAGUAAGAGUCAUGCAACUUCCGUGAACCUUUCACUUUGGUUGUCAACAAUAGUUUUUCUGAAAGCCCUUCCCUCCUGCAUAUCUUAUUUCUUUUUUCCUAGUUCUGAUUUCUCCUGGUGCUAGUUUUUUAAAAAAAAUAUUUUUACAUUGUAUCAUCAUUAUUUACAUUGUAUCCUUUUACUAUUAAUAUGUAUAUUUUUAUUGUAAGCCAUCUUGAAUCCUUAAUGGAAACAGUGUAGUGUAUAAAUGCAUAUCCGUUACAUUAAGACUUGCUAGACUUUUAUAUUAUUGCUCUUUUUAUAUAUCUUAUAAUAAUGCUUUUCUAUAUGAAGUUAUUGACCCUCUGUAAUCUUUGUUGCAAUAUUUUAUUCAAUUCUAUUAAUAUUCCAGUUCAGUCUUAGUUCUGUUGGUACUCAGUGUGUCAAAAUAUAGAGUCAUACCUGUGUCUGUUAUUUUCGUCUGACGAUCAACUUUUAGAGAGUUGCCACGAUAGACUUGUUGAUAAGUUUUCUUUGGCAAUUUAUUGGCGCUUAUGAGAUGAAGCUGCACGCCUCUAGGCUCUACAAACUCAACAUAUCCUAAAUUGAAUGAUGAACUUUUCUCCAGACUUUUUCCUCCGUUUCUUUAUUUUGGAGUGUCACCACCUAACGAUGUAAGCCAAAAACCUGCAAACUAUUCUAACCUCGUCUCUCUCCUUGUUCCCUGUGUCAAAUUGGUUACCUAGAUUCGAGACUUUUCCCCCCCUCAAAAAUCUCUCAAAUAUUUAUCCGUCUGUGUGCCUUUCUUUGCAUUCCCUACACACUGCCCUGUUUUAAGCCCUCAUUGCCUCUUGUUUUUAUUCUACAGAUGCAGAACUCAGUGGUUUUCAUGUCUUGCGAGGUGUUUUUUUUUUUUUUGUGGGAGGUGACUCCCCUUUGAUGAUGGUAGCCCCAUUUUAAUUUUUAAUAUAAUAGGCUUUUGUGGAUUUCAUUGCUGUCCUUACCACCCUUCUCUCCCUCGGCCUUCCACUCUACUGCCUGGUUGAUCUUUGGAAAUCUGGACCUAAUCAUAUUGCUUUUUGCUGCCUUCACCUUCAUUGGUCCCCAUCAUGUAGGGUUCAAGGAGUCAUGAACUCAGAUGGCUACAGGGACCAGAAAGCUGAGUUAGUGGAUGAAGUGAGCUAGACAUAAGAGGCGUAGGGGAAAAAAUGAAGUGCUGUGGUAAAUUGCCCCCUCUAAAAGGGGCCUCUGCCUCUUGUUUCCAUGUGGGAAUGUGGGCCCAGUUCGUCAUAUUGUCCAGUUUGACAGAAGAAGCCAGAAAUCCAAAUUUUUCUGAGAAAUUUUCUGAUUUUUAAAUACUGACUUUGAAUUCUGUGCACUGACCUACUUGCAAAUUUUGGAGUGUGCCAUUUUAUCUUGUGACUCUGCGUUCGCAAAUGAUGCUCCAAGCCCCACUCUCUUCCCUUAGCCUGCCUCAAAACCUGGCAAGAUUAGAUUUUUUAAAAUGCCGACUUAACCUUUCCUGACCCCAAGAGAGUUUUCAAAGCUCUAGUAUAGCACUUACUACAUUACAUUGCAAUGCCUUUAGUUUUUAUUCCCUAGCUUUAAGCAAAAACAUUAUUUAUUCUGCUUGGUUAUUCUAACACCUGGUAGUUAAAUUUUUUUUUUUUUGCCAUAUAAUGAAUUAAACUCUGCAUUUGAAUCCGUUGAAUGAGUAUCACAUUGGUCUUCAUUGUUCUUUUUUCUUCCCACAUAUAUAUUUUUAAUAUUCAAAAAAAUCUUAUUUUCCCCUAAGGAAUGUGUUAUAUAAGAUAAAGAUAUUUUUGAUGGUUCAGUUUGAAUGGCCUAGGUCUAAAAUAAACACUUUAAGACUUAUGUUCGUGGUACUAAUGCUUUCCAUCAAGGAAUUAACUCUCUCCAUUAUUGAUGUGUUUCUUGAUUUCUUUAUAAUCAUUAUAAUUUGUUCUUGUUUUUAUCUAGGUCUUAUCUAGCCCUUAACACAUUAAUUCUUUCUGGGAUAAAUACAUCUGUAUUGCUACUCAGUAUGGGAAUUUCUAUCAUUAGAAUGCUAUUAAUUUUUAAAAUAUUUGUCUUUUAGUGAAUUGCCUUUGUUCUAACAGUGUUAGAAGGCCUAUUUGUUUUUUCAAAAUAUAAAAUCAUAGCUGCAAAAAUAUUCAUCUUUCUUUAUGUAUUUCUAUUUUGUUUUGUGUUAAAUAAAAUUCUGAUAAACAGACUUUUUGAUAACCCUUCAUUAAAUAGGAAGUUACUUGUUGGUUUUAAACAAGUAUUCUCUAUUUGAUAAGGGAGAUAACAUCUAUUGUUUGUUAGAAGCUUCUAAUAGGAAUUGGUAUCUUUUGAUAUAAUCAUAGAAUUUUUAUCAUUUAAACCACCUAAUAUGAUUAUAUUAAUGGUUUUCACUAUAUUAAAAUAUCCUUAAAUUCUGAGUAAACUCUACUUGAUUACAGCAUUAUGUUCUUUUAAUGUAUUUUCCCCCUAAUUGGUAACCUUUCUUGUAAGUGUAUACGUCUAUACAUUUAUAAAUAAAGUUCAUUUAUAUUUUA